AUGCACAUAGUCGCCUUAAAUCAACCGUUCAGGAAUCUAAACAAACCGGAAGACAAUAAAUACGCUCGACAAGCUAGAAGAAGACUCUUCUCAGACGUGACCAUGAAUCCACUGUUCUCCUUCGAGCUGCUGUUCUUCGCGGUGUUCGGUCAGACCACCACUGAGCAGACGAGGGUGCACCGAAACGACACAAACAUCCAGCCGGCAUGGACGAAUUAUCUGUUCAAAAUUGUGUUCGGAAUUUACAUGCUGGUAUCGGUGGUGGUACUAAUUAAUCUCCUGAUUGCUAUGAUGUCAGACACAUAUCAGAGAAUACAGGCUCAAUCCGAUAUAGAGUGGAAGUACGGUUUAUCAAAGCUUAUUCGCAACAUGCAUCGGACGAACACUGCCCCAUCUCCCCUAAACUUAGUAACGACGUGGCUCAUGUGGCUUAUUCAUAGAUGCAAGAGUCGUCUAACUAAGAAGAAGCGGCCCAGUCUGGUGCACAUGAUCGGAAUGCAAAGGCAAGAUCAGUUGAGUGCAAGAUCGAAAGCGGGUGCGAAAUGGUUAUCCAAGGUAAAACGUGGACAGGUCGUACCAAAAGAUUCGACACGUCUCUCAGUUGUACAUUUAAGCCCACUGGGUUCUCAAUUGAGCUUCAACAACAUGACGCGCAUCGAGAACGUAGUCGACUGGGAAAUCAUCGCGAAGAAGUAUAGAACUUUGAUGCGAGACGAGCCCGAUGAGCCGAUUUCGAAGGAAAGCGAGGCCGAUACAGCCGAUGAGGAGUCGGAGAUAGUACCCAACAAUGUUGCUGCAGCGCCACCU